ACGAUAUGCUACCGCGACGGACGGUGCAGAGUGCCAUUUUGUUGUGCUUCUCCGCUCCUCCACUGCUCUCUCAGUCUUCCCUGGAAUCCAAGCUGUCUGAAGUUGAGAAUGGCCGAGAUUGGGAUUGCUGCAUGUCUCUGUCUGAUGCUCGCAAUGGCCGCAGGCGGUGCUCUAGGCUCGUCUCCAUGCGAUGAUCCUUCCGUGGCCAACCUACCCUUCUGUAACCCUGAUCUCGACCUCGUGGAUCGAGUCAAAGACCUUGUUUCUCGAAUGUCUGUGACAGACAUGAUAUCCCAGCUGGGAAACACAGCUCCUGCCAUAGAGCACCUCAACAUACCUGCCUACCAGUGGUGGUCUGAAGCUCUACAUGGAGUAGCUAGUUCUCCUGGAGUCUCUUUUGGAGGAAAGGUUCCAAGUGCUACUUCAUUCCCUCAAGUCAUUGGUAUUGCCGCCACCUUCAAUAGCACUCUGUUCUAUGAGAUGGGUCAGGCAAUAUCCACUGAGGCCCGAGCCAUGAAUAAUGUCGGCCAAGCUGGUCUCACCUUCUUCACACCCAACAUCAACAUAUACCGAGACCCACGCUGGGGCAGAGGUCAAGAGACACCAGGAGAAGAUCCCUACCUGACAUCAGCCUAUGUGGAGCAGUACGUCGCUGGACUGCAGUUUGGUCCUGACCAGAGGUAUCUGAAGACGGUUGCUUGCUGUAAGCAUUUCUCGGCCUAUGACCUAGAGAACUGGAAUGGAACUGACAGAUUCCACUUCAACGCCAUUGUAUCUGACCAAGAUUUUGCUGAGACAUAUUUCCCUGCGUUUGAGUCAUGUGUGCGAGUGGGUAAAGUGUCCAGUAUCAUGUGCAGCUACAACGCAGUCAACGGUGUCCCGAGCUGUGCCAACAAUGUCAUCCAGAACCAGAUUGUACGGAAUGAAUGGGACUUUAGUGGAUUCAUUGUCAGUGACUGUGGAGCAAUAAACACCAUCAUGGCUGAUCACCACUAUACCAACACCACAGAGGAGACUGUUCAGGUUGCCCUGCGAGCUGGGACCAACCUCAACUGUGGAGGCUUCUACCAGAAAUAUGCAAUGGAAGCGUAUAACAAGAGCUACAUCACGGAGGCAGAUCUGGCCAAUGCAGUAGGUCCCCUGUUUGGGCAAAGGAUGGCUCUGGGGAUGUUUGACCCCACCCACCUCCAGCCCUACCUCAACAUCUCCACCGACCAGAUUAACUCUCCUGCUCAUCAAGCUCUAGCUCUGGAUGCAGCCAGGGAAAGUAUUGUCCUGCUUCAGAAUGAUGGUUCUCUCCCUCUGUCUGCCGAGUCCAGUCUGAAAGUGGCAGUGAUUGGCCCAAAUUCAAACGCCACAGAAACCAUGCAAGGAAACUACCACGGAGUUGCCCCCUACCUAAUUAGUCCACUAAUGGGGAUACAGGAUGCGGGAGUGACGUCGUCCUGGGCCUUUGGCUGUGACGUGGCGUGCUCAGACAGUGGUGGGUUCGCUGAGGCAGUGACGAUAGCCAAAGGUGCAGACGUUGUGAUUGUGGUGAUGGGCCUGGACCACGGACAGGAAAGGGAGGGUCAUGACAGGAAUGUGAUCACUCUGCCAGGCAUGCAGCUGGACCUGAUGCAGGAGGUGCGGGAGGCAAUUGGGGGCCGGCCCCUGGUCCUGGUCCUCAUGUCUGGCGGUCCUGUCGACAUCUCCUGGGCCAAGUCUAAUGCCAACGCCAUACUGUGGACUGGCUACCCAGGUCAGUCAGGAGGGAAGGCCAUUGCUGAUGUCAUCUUUGGCAAGUUCAACCCCUCAGGAAGACUCCCUGUCACUUACUAUCCAGGAGACUAUGUGAACCAGAUCUCAUUCUUCAACAUGAGUAUGAGGGACCCACCUGGGAGGACAUACAAGUUCUAUACCGGGACUCCAGUCUUUGAGUUUGGCCACGGACUCAGCUACAUCUCCUUCUCGCGUGUAUGUUUAGGAGUGAGCUUCGGAAGGCUCUACUGAUGAGGGGCUGACCCUGUCCUGUCAGAGCUGAUUGAGAGAGGUCAGGUUGACUACAGAGUGGAGGUGACCAACACAGGGAAGAUGGGAGGUGGAGUUUCUGCCCUCGCCUUCGUCUCCCCCGAGGUUAAGGGAGGACCACUGAAGGAGUUGGUUGGGUUCCAGAAGGUGUUCCUGGAGCCUGGACAGUCUGUGGAGCUCUACUUCGCUGCCUUACUAAAGUCUUCCAUCUGGUGGACAACCAGGGGAGACGAACCCUGACCCCAGGUCGCUACUGGAUAUCGGUGGAGGACCAGAAACAUGUGGUCACUCUGAUCUGAACUGAGCCUACCCACUGACCUAUACUAGUAGUACAAGACAUGAACACACAGGUGUUUUAUAAGUGACAGAAAUUUGUACAGUGUUUUCGUAUGACAUUAUGUGGUGUACACUAAUAUUAUAUGUACGGUGUAUAAAUUAUACAUGCAUAGUGCAAGGACUAAAAAGAGGGCAAAG